GGCAGUGGCACUGAUCCCAUUCUGCGUCGAGCUGCCUAGCUAUCGAUCUUCGUACGUAAAUACGUCUCCCUCGUCUCCGGCGAGCCACCGGCCGUGAGAGAUGGCGCCGCCGUCAGCCAUGAACACGUCGAGGGCGGAGGAGAAGGCCAUCGACGACUGGCUCCCCAUCACCUCCUCCCGCAACGCCAAGUGGUGGUACUCCGCUUUCCACAACGUCACCGCCAUGGUCGGCGCCGGCGUCCUCAGCCUCCCCUUCGCCAUGUCCGAGCUCGGCUGGGGUCCGGGGGUGGCGGCGAUGAUCAUGUCGUGGGUGAUCACGCUGUACACGCUGUGGCAGAUGGUGGAGAUGCACGAGUGCGUGCCGGGGCGGCGGUUCGACCGGUACCACGAGCUCGGGCAGCACGCGUUCGGGGACAAGCUGGGGCUGUGGAUCGUGGUGCCGCAGCAGCUCGUCGUCGAGGUCGGCGUCUGCAUCGUCUACAUGGUCACCGGCGGCAAGUCGCUCAAGAAGUUCCACGACCUCGUCGCGCCGCCCUCCGCGCCGCCGAUCCGGACCUCCUACUUCAUCGUCAUCUUCGGCUGCCUCCACCUCGUCCUCUCCCAGCUCCCCAACUUCAACUCCAUCAGCGGCGUCUCCCUCGCCGCCGCCGUCAUGUCGCUCAGCUACUCCACCAUCGCCUGGGCCGCCUCGCUCCACCACCACAACCACAACAAUGGCGCUGCCGCCGGAGGUGUGGACUACUCGCUGACGGAGGCGACGCCGGCGGGGAGGACGUUCAACUUCCUGAGCGCGCUGGGGGACGUGGCGUUCGCGUACGCGGGGCACAACGUGGUGCUGGAGAUCCAGGCGACGAUCCCGUCGACGGCGGAGCGGCCGUCCAAGGGGCCGAUGUGGCGCGGCGUCGUGCUGGCGUACGGCGUGGUGGCCGUAUGCUACCUCCCCGUGGCGUUCGCGGGUUACUACGUGUUCGGCAACGCCGUCGACGACAACGUGCUCAUCACGCUGGAGCGGCCCGCGUGGCUCAUCGCCGCCGCCAACAUGUUCGUCGUCGUGCACGUCGUCGGCAGCUACCAGAUCUACGCCAUGCCGGUGUUCGACAUGCUCGAGACCUUCCUCGUCAAGAAGCUCCGCUUCAAACCCGGCAUGCCUCUCCGCCUCAUCGCCCGAUCACUCUACGUCUUGUUCACCAUGUUCGUUGCCAUCGCGGUCCCUUUCUUUGGUGGACUGCUAGGCUUCUUUGGUGGCUUUGCGUUUGCUCCAACGACCUACUUCUUGCCAUGCAUUAUGUGGCUGUCGAUCAUGAAGCCAAAGAGGUUUGGCUUGUCCUGGUGCAUCAACUGGUUCUGCAUCAUCAUCGGCGUUCUUCUGUCGGUGUUCGCACCAAUCGGAGGUCUCCGCUCGAUCAUCGUGAAUGCCCAGAGUUACAAGUUCUUCUCUUGAGUGAUUAAUUGAGAGAAAAGGUGUUUUACCGUUCAAUUAAGUGUGUUCUUAAUUAAUUAGGGGAUUGUUUUAGAUAAUGCACAGAGUUCUAUUUAAUUAAUUAGAUGAAAGAGAAAUUCGUGUGUCCCUAUGAGACAUCUGUGUGGAUUGAUAUAGUAGUCGAUCAAAUGAAGGCAUAUUAUUUAUUUGGCCUUUGUUUGUCGAUCUAGUACUCUAGCGUUAAUUUAAUUCGUGUCGAGUUUAUCCCAAUUUUUGAUGAUGUUUGUGCUCUAUUA